AUGUAUAGUCCGAUAGGACCGCUAGAAGUUUAUUAGUCUUUUGCAUGAAUGUAUUGCUCCCGUUUUCAGAAUCGAAGAUAUAAGAAUCGAGCAGCAAGCUAGCUUAGCAUAUUUACCCUGCUCAAGAUGAACGAUUGAUUUAUUUUGGUAUAAUAUGAAUUCGCAAUUUAAAUAAUAAAUUGAAAAGGACAUGGGACAAGAUAGCCAAAAUAAUGACACUGGUGUUUUAUAUAAUUAUUUUAAAGAGAAUUACUUCAUGUGUGUAUUUUUGUCAUUAGCACGAGUAUUUCAAAUCGCAAAGGAACCGAAGGUAAUUUUCUGAAUGAACCCGUUGACAGGAGAGGAAAUUGUUUAUAAACCGUGGUGCCUACACGGGCAAUUGGGCCUGGCAUAAUGUUACGUGUGUGUAAUGGUGGUUUUGUAGCAAGUGUUUUUAGAGACAAACCAAAAGUUCAUGAUUAUCGGCGCUUGUGUUGGUGCAGUGCUUGCCACGUUGACAAGAAGAUUCAUUAGAGACGAGGCAUUUUACUGACAAGAAAAGAGCGUUAUAUGGCUGGUACCACGGCCCCAUUUGUGGCCUAAGAUCCAAAGGACUCAGUAUCACCCCACCUCGAGAAUAAAAUAAAGUGACAUGUUGAGAUGCUUGUAACAACAACAAGAAAUGGAUAAGCAGGCAGAAGAAUCAAGAUUAGCACCCUUCUCAUCAGGCCAGGAGUAUCACCAUGCUAUGAGUGCCCAAACAGCGCAGAUGACAGUGACGACGACGUAAUCACAGACUACCUACUGCUGUGCAAGGGGACAGGGCCCCCCAUGGCAAACAAGCACGGGGGCCCUGGGCCCCUGGUCCCCACCAUCAGUGUGACGCCACACUCUCCUGGUGCCAAGCAUUACCCAGUUCUUGAAGACAGCCUGCAGCAUUUGCAUGAGAUCCAUGAAAGCAUCCAGCAGAUGCGUGACCAAACAACGGUGCAGGCCCUCAGCAAUCAGAUCUUGGGGCUCACACAGUAUGCCAGGCUGAGUGCCUCAUGUCCGGCACUGAACAAUGAAGCUGGGUCUGAUCCUGACCUCCUAGCAUCAGUCAACUCAUCUCCUACUUAUGCUGUGCCUCUUGGUAACUUCAUUGCCCCAGGGUUUCCAGAAAUUCUUCAUGGAAAAGGUAAUUCCAAGGAGUGGCUCCUUGGUCGAGCAGAUGGUGAUGUGCAACGACGCAGGAGUUGGACAGCCCUUGAGGAUCUCAGUGGCAGUGGAGAGAAGAGGACAUCAGACAAACAGCGGAGCAUGAGCCUUAGCAGCCUGGAUUCUGAGCAGGACGACCCCUUCUUGGAUCAGGUGGAUAGUGCAGGUAGCACUAGAUUGCUUGUGACAGGCCCUGCAGGAGGCCGUCGUGCUGCCCGCAGUACGGGAGGUGCUUCAACUCAUUCACUGAAUGAGGCAGACCUGCAGAAUGACUUUAACAAGAUUGUUGCAAAAAGGGAGGCAGAGAGCUUGAGGCUGUUACCUGCGAGACUGCCCCUGCAGAAGUCAGUGUCAACACCUUCCAUGCUUGCGGUGCAGGACAUUGCAAAUGAGGUGGCCAUCGACGGAACCACUCCCAUCAUUCCCCCCUGCCAGCGGCCCAGCGGAACAGAAAGUGAGACAGAAGAGGAGGUAUUGGCAGCAGUGAAGCACUUAGUUGCACCCAACAGCCCGAUCUCUCUAGAUGAUUUUCUCAAAGAGGUGGCAUAUGAGCGGGAUUCAGGCAAGAGGCGGAAACGGGGCAGCAUUUUCUUCAGAAAGAAAAAGGACAAGGUGAAGAAGGUUCCCCACCAGUGGGUGUCGGCCUGCUAUGGGUCGGCGCAUGCUUGUGACUGGUGCUCAAAGCCGCUCACCAACAAACCGGCACUCUAUUGUGAAAAUUGUGCAACGACUGUCCAUCAGAACUCCUGUAAGGACCACAUCAUGGACUGCAACAAGCCAAAGUUAUCAAAGAAUGCACCCAGAGGCACCAUGUUCCCAGCGACAAAACAGACGUCUGCCAAGAGAGGUUCUACGUCACAGCCAGGGCAUAUGCAGGCCAGCAGCAGCAGUAGGAGGAUUGGCUGCUACUACUCUCCGUGGAGGCGCGUCGCCACUAAGCUUGGGGUGAAUCAGAUCAUCAACGAAGAGAAGGAGGGAGAUGGCUCGCUCCAUGAAGGAACAAAUUUCUCUGACGACGGAUCACAAGACAGAUUUGAAUUCCUGGGAGAAGAUCCCAUAACUGCAGAUGACUUGGAGACAGACCCUUCACUUGGUCUGCAGGUUGAGGAGCCAGACUCAUGGACCCCAACAGUGGGAAAGGAGGUGACAAAGAGACUGAAAGAGAAGGAAAUAAAACGCCAGGAGCACAUUUAUGAGUUCAUCCUGACUGAGAAGCACCACUGUCUCACACUCAGGGUCAUGCAGAAGGUGUUUGUAGAAGGUCUGCAGAAGCACUUCCAGCUGGGCAAGGAUUUGGAGAGAAUGUUUCCACGCCUGGCAGAUCUGACGGACAUCCACUUGAAUUUCCUGCAGCGCUUGCGUCAGCGUCAGAGAAUGGCACCUGUAGUGGACACACUUAGUGACAUCCUUCUGGAACAGUUCUGUGGCUCCGGUGCCCAGAAACUCAAGUCGGCAUAUGGGGAGUUCUGCAGCCGGCACAGAGACGCUGUUGACAUCUACAAAAGCUACCUGCAUGACCAUCGGUUCUCAGAGUUUGUGAAGCACUGCCAGGCAAACCCACUCCUCAAGAAGAAGGGGAUCCCUGAGUGUAUCCUGUUUGUGACACAGAGGCUGACUAAGUACCCACUGCUCAUCGAACCCCUCAUCAAGACAUCAAAAGACAAUAAGAUCGAGCAGGAGAGGUUCACCAAGGCCUUAGCGCUCGUCAAGGAAAUUCUGGUAGAAGUGGACACACAAGUUGCAGAGAAGGAGAAGGAGGACAGGAAGCUGGAGAUCUACAACAGGAUAGAAGCUAAGUCCUUCACAGUGCACCGUGGACAGAAGUUCAAGAAGUCUGAUAUUCUCUCCAAGAACAGGAGGUUGAGGUUUGAAGGUGUGGCAAUGCUGAUGCAGGGUCGUGGGAAGAUGCAGCUUGUUUUGGUAAUUGUGCUCUCUGAUGUCCUCUUCUUCCUGCUGGAGAACAAUCACAAAUACUCAUUCUUCACACCGGACAAUAAGGCUGGUGUGGUGUCACUGCAGAAGCUCCUUGUACGAGAAAAGGCUGGGCAGGAAUCACGUGGUAUUUACCUCAUUUCCUCCAAUCCUGCUGACCCUGAGAUGUUUGAACUCAAAGUUCACAAACCGAAAGACAAACAGAUGUGGAUCCGUGCAAUCAGGUCAGCAGUGCAGACUUGUCAAGAAGAUGAUGACGAUGCUGUGGUGCUAAGUUCUGAAGAGAGGCAGAAGGUUCUGGAAGCAAAGCAGUCACAGAUACGCCAGAUUGUUGGUGUCCUGCGGCAGAAGGAUGUUGAGCAAGCUCUGAUACUGGAAGAGAAGAUGGCAUUGCAGCAGAAGCUGCUGGCUGCUGCAGGAGUGGAGAACAUGCUUGAGUGUCCGAAUUACAGUGGUCUGGUGGUGGAGGACACGGAGAGCUCAACCAUGUGGCAGGAAGUGCUAUCAGCAGUCCAGGAGGUGAACAACUUGGCAAGCUCACUCUACGCACCAGGAACAAACUUGUCUCGUAGUGUGAGUUCUGUUGGAGAACAUCACAGUGAAGCCUACAUUUCACCAACACUUCCAAAACGUGCAGAGACAUUUGGGGGUUUUGACAGUGCUAAUAAAGAUCAGUUGCCAGCAGCAGCUGGAGUGAAAGGUGUUGUGAAGAAACACCAACCAAAAGAGAAUCAUGACCAAUCACACGAUUCUACUUCAGCGACCCCAGAUUGUGAGUCAAAUCUUGGGAGUAAAGGAGAUGUUCGUUCUCACAAACUACCUCUGGACCACUUGCCAUGGCGCAGUGCAAUGAUGGCCACAAUUCCUCCUGGUGUGCUGACUUCAAACCUCUGUGACAACUCGUGCGAGUUGCCAGCAUUGCUGAUGCUUGGGCAGGAGCAGCAGCUGGCCGCAGUCCAGCUGUCGCACUAUGUCUACAAGUUGCUGUCCAUCAUCUCGCAGCAGAUGACGUCAGUACACAGCUUGCAGGCUCAGCUGUCUGCAUGCAAGUCCCAGCUCAUACAGGAGGAUGGGCGUGAACGCCGCCCCAUGUAUAGGCACAACCAGCAGCUGGAGGAGUUGCGCAAUCUGCAGGACAGGCUCACGCAUGAGAAGGAGGCAUGGCAGCGAGAGAAGGAUGCAGAGGAGAGGUACAUAGAGGAAAAGAAAGCAGAGCUGCAGAGGCUGCAGGAACAGGUGCGAGCAGAACAAAAUGACGUCACUCAACAGCGGGAACAGCUGUAUCGCAAGCUGGAAAUGCUGACAAGCCAGGGUAUUCUCAUCAGCCCCAAUCUGCCCAUGGUGACUGGGACACUGCCUCAUGAGGAAAGCCUCUCCAGUCAAGGAAUCCACAUCAGUCAGAGCACAGAUGAUUCAAGUCCAAGUACAGGAGGUGAAUCGACAGUCUCAUCCCCCACCAACACUGUUGAUCCUCGGCGUAAGUUAGAAUCCAAGUGGAAAAGUGGUUCCAGCAAAUCUACAUUGCCUCUGAAUCUCAUUAGUGCCACCAACCAGCAGAAAGUGGCCCCAAAUGUGCAAGUCAAGCAGCAGCUCCCUCUAAAGCUUGCGACUAAACUCAGCUCCUCUGUGACUGGAGGCAUGCAGCAAAUGCUUCCCCUUAAGCUGAGUCAGGGAUCUGACUCACGUCGGAGCAGUGGGUCAGGCACUGGCUACCAGAGGCUUGGCUCAAGUCACACGCGGACUGGCAGCAGCCCUGCUAUGAUGCAGAACUCUGACGUGGGUCCCAGUGGGACUGAGGGCGCUGCUCGUACCAAUACGUACCCCAAAGUACCAGACAGGUCACGCAUCCACAGCCCUGACUCACAUCCCCACACGCCCACAGGCAUCGCUCCCCAGGCAUCUGAGGAUGAGGUGAUAUUCUUCUGAUGAUGCACCAUUGUGGCGUGUCCUGGUUACUGUGCUCACAGUGUAGUGUGACAUCUGUUACUUCCUCAGGCCUUAUUAGCAUGGACUUGAUAUAUAAAUUCAACAGUAUUUUCCUUUUUAUACUGUACUGUUACAUUCUGUACAUAUUUACAAUUGUCAUUCCCUCCAUGUUAAGCAACAAAUCUUUUAUAUGUUAUUUUAUUAAUUUUAUUUUCAAUUUUUAUUGCACAUUUUGGGAAGUACAAUGAGUAACCUUCCACUGUGUUGUAGUUAAUUUCAAAUUGUUAUAUAGUGUCUUCCCAUAUAAAGUACCUAGUUGAAAGUAAUUUCUCUCAAUCAUUGUGACAAUAUAGCAUCAUUGCAUGGCAGAGACUUGAUUGUUCUUUUCAGUGUACUCUGUAGCAAACCAAUUGUUACUGUUAGGAAAGCGGGAGGUGCUUAUACUUAAUUUACUAAUGGCCUACUGUGAAUGUCUUUCCAUUUCCGUAGGUGAAAAGUAUUUUUGUAAGAUUUCUAAUUAUUCUCUGACUGGUGUAAAUACUGAACUAUGCAAUAAGUUAGGAUCCUGUCCCUUAUGUUUCUCAUUUUGGAAGUGAAGUGGGUGCCGUGGGCUUUCACCCACUCAGUUUGUUACUCAUUCCUGUCUCACAUGAUUGUAAGUAAAAUUGGCUUAGGUUUUAAUUUGACGUUUCAUAAUCGACCUACAUACAAGUGUCAAACUGAAGGAUAAAACUAAUGAUUCCAUCUCCUUUGUGGUCUUCCAGCAUCCCUCUUUCAUUGUACUUUGUAAUUGAAUAUUUUAUAUAGGGUGGAAUUCUUUUCCACCAUUUCCACAUGAUCCACAUUGAUUUCCAAUUCAGAAAUUGCCCUAACUUUUACAGGCUGUGAUGCCUCUCUUUAAUAUCUUCACAGUCUUGCUACCUUCAGUUCAUCAAAGAAGUAAAUUCCUUUGUUUCCAGCACUUUUGCCACAGGAGAGAGAGUAUUAAGAAAGUCAGUAUGCACAUCAAGUUUUUUUGCUCUCUCAUUUUUUUAUCUUCAAAUGUUGAAACAUUGUUUUUCUUAUGGCUCAGUUGCCAACCCUUACGCAGCACAGAAAUGAAUGAGCAAUUCUGACUUUCUUCCAUGGAAUAUAUUUUCUUAUACAGAUUUGUGUUUGGAGUGUGUAGGAGUGUGCAUGUAGAAAGAAUGUAUUUAUGUUGGAUGUGAGUUGACUGCUUUCAAUUAAUUUAUGAUGGUAACACUGAUAUUGUGAGAACUCACUCCGCAUUACGGAUGUGUGUGUAUAUAUAUACAUAUAAAUUAUUGUGCAAGUAAAGAUGUGUUUGUGACUAAGAAUAAACCAAAACUCUUGUCA